AUGACUCAGGAUGUCCUGAGGACAGGCUGCUCGGUGAUGGGGAUGCUGGAGCAAGAAAGAGUCCCGCCAGAGCAGCAAGCGAAGAUCGGUGUCAGAUUGAUAGGCAUAUACAGUAGCAUAUUGUUCUACUGGUACCACUACGCUCAUCACGGGAUAAGAAUAUGCGAGGAAACCGAUCCAGCGGACUCCGUCGCUGCCCAUUUCCUCAAGCUCUUAAAUCGACAUGACUCUCUUGCUGAGCCUCAUCCUCUCGAAGUGAAGACGGUCGAUGUUUCUCUCAUUCUGUACGCGGAACAUGAGUUCAACGCGUCCACUUUCGCUGCUCGAGUGACCGCCGCCACACGGUCCGAUAUCUACAGCGCAAUUUGCAGCGCCAUCGGCACUCUGAAGGGCCCUCUCCAUGGAGGCGCGAACGAGGCGGCGAUGAUGUUUUUGCAGGAGCUGCGCGACCUGCAGCACGCCAACGAAGCGCUUGAGUCGAUCUGGAGACGCCACGAUAGGGUUAUGGGUUUUGGCCACCGAGUGUACAAACAGGGAGAUCCUCGCUCUCACCUCAUGAUGAAGUUCGCGCUCGACCUCGCCGAGAAUGCGCCGAAGAAGGAUCCGAACCUCGUGCGGAUUGCGCAGCAUAUCGCGGAGAGAAUGGAGAAGGAGAAGCAUCUUGCUGCGAAUGUGGACUUCCCCUGCGCCAUUGCCUACCACCAGUGCGGCAUCCCGACAGAUUUUUACACGCCGCUGUUCGUUCUCGCCCGCACCGCAGGGUGGACGGCGCACAUCAUCGAACAGCGCGCAAACAACCGAUUGAUUCGGCCUCUCUCCCAUUACGUGGGACCUCCCGUCCGGUCCUUUCCUUCUAUCGAAGAACGUGAAAAGGAACCCAGUCGCGCGGAACAGUUCGACAGUCGCCUGUAG